CGCAGCCGCACCAGUAACAGAAUUAAUACACACAGGGCCCCUUCUCUAUAAGAAUUGCCCCCUCAGUGGCUCGCUUUACUACUAAUGCUAACUCUGCUGCAAGUCGGGCUGCUCUUAGCGCUCGGCGCUAUUGCACAGGUGUCAGCCGAAUGUUGUGCACCCGGUGAUCAGUCAGAUUUCUGUCUCGUCUUCAAUAUGUUGUCACCUAUCGAGCAAGCGGAAGUUAUGAGCUAUUUGGGAGAUGCAUGUAGCGGCGAUGCAGAUGAAGCUCUUCGAUUGAUGGAAAAACGAAAACCAAACUUCAUGCGCUACGGUAGAAGUGUUGUUCUCGGAAAGAAGGGAUCAGAUCCAAAUUUCUUGCGAUUCGGACGAAAUCAGCCAAAUUUCCUCAGAUUCGGAAAAGCGGCCGGUGAUCCAAAUUUCCUCCGUUUUGGACGAGCAUCAGCCGACCCGAAUUUUUUGCGGUUUGGUAAACGUUCCGCGGAACCGAACUUCCUUCGAUUCGGACGCAAACCGAACUUCCUCCGUUUCGGCAAGUGAUUGUCACCGAUGCACUAAUCCACAACAUCAUAGAAUCCUCAUCACAACCAUCAACAGCAACGCGGGCUGGCGCUGGAGCGUAUGGGCAACGCUCAAACUAUGAUAGAGAUCUAAUUAAUUCAUUCAUACAUUUGUUUAUAUUGUGAAUGUGCAUGGCAGCGGGCGCACACAUAAAUCU